AUGAAUACUUUAAUACUUAUUCUACUGAUAAUUGUGAAGUUAUCACUGUGCAUUGCGGUUCUGCAGUUCGGAUACGAUGCCAACAACCAGCUGUAUUUUGGCGACGGAAUCAACGGAAUUUUCUUGACGUGCCAUGGAUUUGGAUGUAGAGAAUACGAAAUCAACCAACUCCUAAAUUCCAGAAUACAAGUUGUUAACGAUUUAGAAUACAGGUUUCUAGCUGCACUGCAUCCAAUCAGCAAACUAGACUAUAGAGAUUUUGUUUGCGAUUUUCUUUUAUCGCUCUGA